CUUGUAUGCAUCGGUCUGUGAUCUAGCGGCUAGGGUAAGAGCUUUGGCGAGGGAAAAAAAAAGACGAGAAAUUCACAAGACUACAUACCGAAAAACCCUAUUUAUUGAGAGCGGACGCCGUUAGAGAGGAGCUGCCAACAGAGAGCAUUGAGGUUCCGCACACCACAGCGAGCGAUUGACCUUCACUGCUUCAAUUUUACACCCUCUCUCUGUUUGGUGAUGGAUUUUGAAUCAAAUUAUGAUAUUGCUGCCUCUGCCAACUUCAUUCACACUCACAACUUCAUCAGAGUUGCUUUACAAUUUCCAGAUAAUCUCCUAAAACAUUCAACUAGAGUGGUCACUGCUCUGCGCAACACACUUCAAUCCACAGAGGUAGGAUUGUUUGUGAUGGCCGACACGGCCUAUGGCAGUUGCUGUAUUGAUGAAGUUGGAGCAUCACACAUUAAUGCUGAUUGUGUCAUACAUUAUGGUCAUACUUGUUUUAGUCCGACAACAACUCUACCAGCCUUUUGUGUUUUUGGGAAGGCUUCCAUUUGCAUAGCUGAUUGUGUUGAAAGUAUGUCAAAGUAUGCACUGACAAAUAGUAAGCCUAUCAUGGUCCUUUUUGGGCUGGAGUACGCACACUCAAUGCAACGGAUUAAAGAAGCACUGCUAGAAUCAUCAAUGUCAUGCAGAUUUGACCCUAAGUCAGAAGUUCACUUUGCUGAUGUUCCAUCUUCAAUUAUGUUUCCAUCAAAAGAUAUUAAAAAGAUAAACGUACUCCAAGAACCAGUCAGUGAUUGCAAUGGAGCAAGUGGGACUAUGUAUAGCAUUGGAGGAUUGACAUGGAAAUUACCUGAGGGACAAAGCAUGGAUGACUACUUGGUCUUUUGGAUUGGACAUGAUGAUUCAGCUUUUGCUAAUGUUGUGCUCACAUUCAAUGCCUGUGAAAUAGUCAGAUAUGAUGCAAAUGAAAAUCGAAUGGUGACAGACCUGUUUCAACAUAGGAGGAUUCUUAAACGUAGAUAUUACCUGGUGGAGAGAGCUAAAGAUGCUAAUAUUGUUGGGAUUUUAGUUGGAACUCUUGGUGUUGCUGGUUAUCUUCACAUAAUCAAUCAGAUGAUGGAGCUCAUUACUGGGGCAGGCAAGAAGGCAUAUACUUUGGUUAUGGGAAGACCGAACCCAGCUAAACUUGCUAACUUUCCUGAGUGCGAUGUUUUUCUAUACGUUUCUUGUGCCCAAACUGCUCUGCUGGAUAGCAAAGAGUAUCUAGCUCCAGUUAUUACUCCCUUCGAAGCAAUGAUAGCUUUCAAUAGGGGAAGCCAAUGGACAGGAGCCUAUGUCAUGGAAUUUCGAGAUCUAAUUAAUUUGCCUCAAAUGGAAGUUGGAAACCAGGAAGAAGAAGAAGCACGAUUUUCAUUCUUGAAGGGUGGAUACGUUGAAGAUUUUGAAAAUCAAGCUUGUAUUUCAUCAGAAAAUGUUGAAGAAGAAAGAGAAACUCUAGCUUUAGUAAAUGCAACAGAAAAGGCACUGCAGUUGCGGAAUAACUCUAACGUUCUAAUGAAAGGGAGUGCGAGAUCAGGAGCGGAAUUUUUGGCAAAUCGAUCUUAUCAGGGUCUGAACAUGUCCAGUGAGAACACCUCCCCAGAACCAUAUCUCAUUGGACGGAGGGGAAGGGCAUCUGGGUACGAGGAUGAGAAGAACAAACAAUGAAUUUUUGAGGCAUAAAUGUGGUUUUUGCUUUAGAUUGUAGUAUGAAAAUGAGAGUUAGUAAGAAGGUCAGAGAUUGACAAGGGAAAGAAGAGUAAUACUCCUUGGUGAGCUGCUCGUUCAUUUUGGCUGGUGACUUUUGUCUGGUACGAGUUUCUUAAUAACCCGCAGUUGUAAGGAUUUCGAAUGCUUUUGGCAAGCAAGCUUGCUGCAUGGCAUGAUGGAACUUGCAGUUAUCCUUUCACCUUUGUUAUUCACGGAAAUGUAUGUCUUCCUAGGUUUUUCUAUCUGUUCAGGAAUCAUAUACAAAUACCAUUAUUACUAGCAUUAAUCAUAUAUUCUCUUUCGUUAUUUUUCUCUUUUGUAGUACUUCUCAUUAUGCUAGGUGGAGGAGAGCGAGGACUUGAAUUAUUUAUUAUAAUUUUGCCACUCAUUAUUCAUUCAUAAUAUUAUCCUUCCACUGUUAUCUUCAA